CCUAAAAAAAAAAGAAGUAACCUCUCACGUUUUCAGCUUUCAGCUUAUCUUCCUCUAACCUCUUGAACUUGCUUUGACGUCAACAAGGCUAUGUUUGGAUAUCAUAAAAUCAACGGAGCGGAAUGGAGCGGAGCGGAGUGGGAUGGAGCGGAGUGGAACGGAGCGGAACGAAGAUACCAUUCCAUUGUUUGGAAAUUUUAGGACGGAACAAGUUAAGUUGUUCCUUCCGCCCAAAUCGGAGGGUAAGAAAAAUGGUGGUAAGUGAUGGAAUGGAAUGGAAUCCAUACCACUCUAUUCCGCUCCGUUCCAUCCGUUUUUAAAUUAUCCAAACAAUGGAAUAUCAUUUUAUUCCAUCCCAUUCCGCUCCGCUCCAUCCGGUUCCAUCAAUCCAAACAAAGCCUUAUUGUAAUUAUGGCAGAAAAUUCGGGAUGUCGUGGCCGAGGUAGGCCUAAGAGAAAUGCUGAAGCACCUCUGGAAUUUAAUGAAGACGGGUGGAAGCAGAUGAUGCCAGUAAUGCAAGAACAAACAGCUGUUAUUGCUAAUUUAAUUAAUUUGGUUCAAUCUCUUCCUCCGCCUCUGCCUGAAAACCCGAAUCGGUUCUUCUUUGACAUUUUCCAACUCAACCCUCCGUCUUUCGCUGGAGGGGACCAUCCGUUGGAAGCCCAAUCUUGGAUAAGAGAACUGAAUAAGAUUUUCAAAAUCGUGCAAUGCACGGACGAACAAAAGGUAAAAUUUGCCGCGUUUAUGCUUAAGGGAGCAGCGGAUUAUUGGUGGGAAUGGGAAGAAGCCAGCAUGAUAGCCAAGGGAAAGGCCAUAGACUGGGAAUGUUUUCAAGAAGUGUUCCUUGAUUGGUAUUUUCCAAAGUUUCUACGGGCGCGGAAGGAACAAGAAUUUAUUGAAAUUCAGCAAGGUGAUAUGUCUGUGGCGGAGUAUGUGGCUGAAUUCGAAGAGUUGGCUAGGUUUGCAUCCCGUUCUUUUUACGCCUCGAAUGAGGAGUGGAAGAUUAAGAUUUUUGAAAAAGGAUUAAGGUCUGAUAUCAGAAUCAGCUUAGCCCCACAUAAGUUCACAAACUAUACCUCAUUAGUGCAUGAGAGUUUCAUCGCGGAAGAGUGUUUGAAGAAGAUUGAUGAAGAAUGCCAACAGGAAUGGGAGCAGUCCGAGAGUCAGAGUCCGAGUCCGAGUAAAUAUUCUCAACAUCUGAAGGUCAGAGUUUCUCAGAACAAAGGCAAACAAGUCCGAAACUCGAAUUCGCCUCGGGCGAGUAAGUGUUAUGAAUGUGGGAAGAAUCAUGUUGGAGAAUGUCUGGCUGGAAAGAAUGUGUGUUUUUGGUGCAAGCAGCCUGGACAUGUGAUUCAGAACUGCCUUGUGCUACAAGCAAAAGGAAGUAGCUAAAGGAAGAAAUGUUUCACAAUAUCAAGGUUCAGCUGCUGCUACUGAAAUGAAGAUAGAGAAAGUAAAAUGUGAUUGCCAAAAGUUUAUGGAAUCAAUGGAAGAAAAUGAAUGAAAACUUGCAUUACUCACUUGUGAAAUUUUCUUUUUAACCCAAUGUUGAAUGCUUGAUGAUCUUGAGUAAUAUAUAGCCUAUAGCUUUUUUCUUCUUUUGGACAAGUUUAAAAAUGUUUCCUAGAUAAAGAGCAACAAAAUAGAAACGUCAAAAAAAUAAUUAGAAUGUUAUUGUUAAUUGAUAAAUAUUAAUAUUAUUA